AUUGUCAUUGGUCUGCCGAAAAACAUUUCAAUACUUCAACACAUUUUCGAAUGGUGCGAAUGCGGGUGUAAAAAUCCUGAUUUUCUGCUGAAGCUGUUGAUUUUUGAUACGUGAAAAUCGAAACAUGGCUCAAACACUUGCUGAGGACCAGUACGGCAGGAAGAUCGAUCGCUGCCUCACCGAUACAGUUGUAAAAUUCGGUGGUGGUCUGGUGCUAGGCGGUAUGUUCUCACUGCUUUUCUUCAAACGAAGAGCCUGGCCAAUUAUCAUGGGUUCUGGUUUUGGGAUCGGUAUGGCUUAUACAAACUGCGAGCGUUCGUUAAAUGGCAAGUGAAAGAUAGCAUGAGAACGGUGUUUUGUUUAAAUAAAUUUCGUCUGUAAUUCAUUGUGCUGAAGUGAA